AUGCAGAAGACUGCAGAGUUUACAAGGCAGCAAAUCAAACCUGGAUGGUCCCGACAUAUUAUUGUCGGGACCCAUUUAGUUCCUGACAUAUUACUGGAUGAUCCGGACAUACCACCUACAAAGAUCGAUAACUUACAACUUCUCAAGUUUCGGUCAACUUCUCCGCCUCUUUAG